UGGCCGCGCUGGGCAGCGGCGGCGGCGGCGGUGGCGGCGGACUGUGCCGGCCUGGCGCUGGGCCGCCAUGGGCAAUCUGUUCGGCCGUAAGAAGCAGAGCCGGGUCACCGAGCAGGACAAGGCCAUCCUGCAACUGAAGCAGCAGCGGGACAAGCUGAGGCAGUACCAGAAGAGGGUCACACAGCAGCUGGAGCGGGAGCGGGCCCUGGCACGGCAACUGCUGCGAGAUGGCAGGAAAGAACGGGCCAAGCUGCUGCUCAAGAAGAAGCGGUACCGGGAACAGCUUCUGGACAGGACAGAGAACCAGAUCAGCAGCCUAGAGGCCAUGGUGCAGAGCAUCGAGUUCACACAGAUCGAGAUGAAGGUGAUGGAGGGGCUGCAGGUGGGGAACGAGUGUCUCAACAAGAUGCACCAGGUGGGUCCUCGCUGGUGGUCCAUAGAGGAAGUGGAGAGAAUCCUGGAUGAGACCCAAGAGGCCGUAGAGUACCAGCGGCAAAUAGAUGAGCUGCUGGCAGGGAGCUUCACGCAGGAGGACGAGGACGCCAUUCUGGAGGAGCUGGAUGCAAUCACUCAGGAACAAUUUGAACUACCAGAGGUUCCUACAGAGCCCCUUCCUGAAUCAAACCCAGAAAAAGCCCCUGUCAAAACCAGACCCAGGCAGGCAGAGCUGGUGGCAGCCUCAUAACUUGGCCUCUUACGGGACUCACAGGGACUCCCCAAGGACUGACCCACAGAAAAUUGCCUGCAGGGCGGCCCUCGAGGGCUCCCAGGAGGCUGACAUAGGCCGGGCUGGCAAGCAUGGACAGUGCUGACGGCAGAGCAACGGCACACACGGGGCUCGCACAUCAGGACAACUCCACAGUGUUUCCCUCACAGUCUAGUCUGAACGCUCUGUGGUGCUGUUUCCUUGCUCUCAUUUCUGGAUUAAACAGCCACAUUCAAGCCCUAGGCCAGGCCAAGGUUCUGGCAGCUGUGGUUCCCACGGUGACCACCCAGGCCUGUGCUCCUGGUGCUGUUCAAACUGCUGACCCUGUCCCCUGUAGCUUGCACUCCUCUGGGGAAAAUGCCCUCAGACUGGGGGUUCCUCUACUUCCUCUUCACUUCUUUGCCGCUCCCAUUAGCUGGUAGGGGGCUUUCAUUAAGGGGUCCUGCCCUUACUUGGCAUCUCAACAUCUCUCAGCUUCUGUGCAGGCUAAGGGUGGAAACCCAGGAAACGAGUUUUCUAAACCUCUCGGUGCCUCUUCUUUGGCACUCCAGACUCAAGCCUCUUGUAUCUGGGGGAGGUGGGCCAUGAGCCGUGCCUGCUGGAUCGACAACUUCAGAAGCCCCAACUUCCUGCUUCAACACUCGUGGGUCUCACACAAAGAAAAGACAUCCCAAAUGUGCAGCAAGACCCUGCUCCAGCAGGUGUGCCCUGCCUUGUGUCCAAGGGGAUCCUGGACCCUGAGCCACCAGCAGCUAAGGCAAGAGGCCCAGAGCCUGGAAGUGACUUCUCGUACUUGGCACUGUUUGUUUCUGGACAGUCUCUCCGGGUUUCCACGGGUCUGUGAGCAGCACAGACCCCAGAAGGCCUCACACACCUUUGGGGCCCACCAGGAACAGAGAGGCACCUCUUCCUAACCCCAAACAGGUUGGCCCCUGUAUUAAAGUUGGCCCCCAGCAUGGUUUUCUGUUCCGUCUUGGGCCUGGUUGGUAUCUUAGCGUGGUUCCCUCUGGCUUUGGCUACACAGGUAGGCUAGAGUGUGGUUUCUGCUCUCAUGACCUAAGACACAACUUCUUGGUCACCAUGCCUGGACAAAUCAAAGAUGACACUAAGUCAAUUAGAAGAGGUAGAAGUUCUGGGCUCCCCCUGGUGGUGGACAACGGGCCAGGGGACUCCAGCUUGUGUGGCCCUGGGCCCCAAAGGUCGCCUCUGGGCAGCUACACACUUCAAGGGCAGGGCACUGCUCUGGCCACAUCUGAGAAGGCACAAGGGUUGCCCAUCCUCAUUCAUGUGGGGAGUGGCUGGAGUCAGGUCUCAAGGGCCCAGGCUUGAGAUCCCUCGUGGUGAGGGGGACCACUUGUUUGGAGUCAUGAUGCCCAUGUGGGAAACCAGAUCCUGAGGGAGCAAACAGGCAGGACCCUCUGAUGGACAGCCUCCUCAUCCUGUGUGGUGACACUGGCCUGUUGUUGCCAGGUGUCAGGCUUUUUCAGGAAAGGAACCUGGGUUACCAUGUUCAGUGCACUGGGGACAGUGCUGAACAGCCACCAAGACCUGCAGACCAGCUGCAGCGACAGCCCUUCUUGGCUCUUCUACAAUAUGUGUGUCUUCUAGGAGGGGGCUGUGCCUGCCAGCCACAUGGAGAUUUUGCAGAAAACACUCCCCUGGUUGCCCACUGGCAUCUGUAACUGCAGGUCUUAGGCCCAUGCAGUGCCCCUUUGGCCCCAUGCAUGUGGAAAGGACCAAAGGCCUGCCUUCAGGGAAGCAUAGGCAGACCCUGGCUAAUUUGAUCCCAGACCUCAGGCACAGACUCACCAGACUUUUUAGUAGGUGUCCACCAGCUGGUGAAGUGGCCCUAGGAGAGGCUGAGUACCUGGCAGCAUGUUGUGGACCAGGCUCUGUGCUCAGCUCCUGAGCCAAGCCAGAUUGGGCCAUGGCACUCAGCCUUGGGGGAGCCAUCAUCUCCUGGGACAGCCAAGGACGGAAGGGUCACAACCCCUCAUACUGUCCAUGAACCUCAUGGGCUCUGCCCUGGCAGCCCAGAACAGCCUUGAGCUAAUUCCCAGGCUCUAGCCUUGGCAUGGCUUGUCUUGUAACUCCCUGUUCUGUCGUGGGGCUGGCCAGAGCCUGACCUGACUCCCUUGUAGCCUAGGUGGGGACAUAAGACCCAAGUCACAUUCAGUGCAAAGCUUGUGGUACAGCUGGUGUCCUGCUGGGGAAGAUACUGGAGGCCAAGGAGGCUUGGAAGGGGAUGGGUUGGGAGAUGGAGACUGAGCAGGGCCCGUGCUGAGUGGUACAGAGGGGCUGGAGAGACACUGGGAACACAGGACACCAGCAACUUAGAGCUCCUGGGAAGCCAUUCAGGCCCUGGCACAGAGGCACAGGCAGUGAGGAAGGAUUCAGGUUUCCAAAGGCCUUGUGGGCAGUGUGGGAAAGGUAUGGCCUGGACAGGGGGCAGAGAU